GACGACGACGAGCCCUUCCAAACCAACCUUCACAUUGCCGCCGAGGCCGGCCACGAUGACAUCGUAAGUAUGCUUCUGGGUUCAGGCUACGCCGUCGAUGAGUGCGACAGUGAAGGCAACACAGCUCUGCAUAGGGCCAGUCUCGGUGAACACGUCAAGGUCAUGCUGACGCUGCUCAAACAUGGCGCAAACCCCAAUGUCAUGAAUGUUCACGGCUGGAGCCCUGUGCAUAUGGCAUUUUCCCUCGGAUCUAUGGAGGUAGUAGAGGUACUUAUGCAACGUGGUGGUGAUCUGAAGAAGCGCGCC